AAGGGAGAAGUUGAGCGCGUGAAGCACAACAAGCAGACGAGAAACGUCAACGGUCGCAGAAAUGGCUUCCAGCGAGUUUCAGCGGAGGACCGACAAAGUCAAAUUGAGGAAACCAGCGGUGGAGAAAAAGCGCAGGGACCGCAUCAACAGCAGCAUCGAGCAGCUCAAGAUGCUUCUGAAAGACGAGCUGAAGGCCAGGCAGCCAAGCUCCAAGCUCGAAAAGGCUGAUGUCCUGGAGAUGGCCGUGGCCUACCUGAAAAGCAAGACCGCUGAACAGAGCUACGCCGACGGCUUCGCCCGCUGCUUGGAGGAGACCGCCCGGUUCCUCUCGGCUCAUAACCAGCUCACAACAGACAAACCGGCUGUAAAGAAACCUGUUGAUCCACCACAGAAGCCCCAAGCAAGAGUAAAGAGUGUCUCUGGUGGUAAGAAGUCCAUCUCCAGUGUACCCAAAUGCCCAGGGACCACCAGCACACAGCUUUGGAGACCCUGGUGAUGCUCCUCACCUUUUGGAGAGUCCUGUUUUAAAGACUUCUCUUAUUUACACAAGAGAGAACUUGGUGGCUCCUUAGCCGUGGUGGUGCUCUCUUGUGCAGUAGAGCGGUUAUGUUUCUUAAUGUGACGUAUAAACGCAGACAGCAGCUGUUUUCCAUAAAGAAUGGACGACCCCGUAUCUGGACCCCAACGCACAUAUGAUUACCACACUUCACCUGAGUGACGUGUUUCUUUACAUAUGGUGAAAAUGAGGCGUGUGGCCUCCUGUCUAUAUUUCUAUGAAACGUCUUUGUAACCUUCGGAGGAAUUUGAUCCAUCAUGUUGAUGGGAUGGUUGAAGUAUGUCUUUUGUUAGACAAAUAAAAGUAAUGUACACUUUUA